AUGUUGGUAAUAGAAAUCCUGGGAUCGCGCCAUCCUUGCCACAAAUUGGUGCCUGCGACAAAUCUGAUCGAGAUCUUAUGAUCCUUGAUAGAUCCAUCUGAAGCUUACUUUGACUACACUGUCUCCAGAUUCUCCAGCUUCUCCGGGAAAUCGAUUCCGUUCUCGCAUCUCAACUCGAAUGCAUAGCAGACCACUCACCAGCGCCGUAUCUUGCAACAUGCAAUGAAACCACCAAACACCCCGUGAAGCGCUUUUUCUACGUCUUGUGCAAAUAUGGCACCACCACCAUCAAGAGACAAUCUCAACGGCCCAUCGGUUGACGCCAUGCUACGAGGUCUUACUGACCGGCCCAACGUGCAGUCCACGCUGAUCCUCUCCAGAAGAGAUGGCUCGAUCAUCAGAGCCACGGGUCUCGAACCUUUAGAGAAACAGAACAACACUAGCACAGGGGGAUCAUAUCGAUGGGUGUCAGCCCGGCAGGAGGCACAAAUUGAGCCUGAGAGGGAGGGAGCAACUGGUCCAAAAGAGCUGGAAGCUGAAGACAAACCAGGCCCAACAGAGGUCCUCGCUGCGACCAUAUUUCACUUCGUCAACAGUGCCACCUCUCUCGGAUUGACUCUUGGUAGCACGUCUCGCAAUGCUGCUAGUUCGGAAGGAACCGUCGCUGCAGGUGGCUACGGCAGCACCGCCAACGCAUCAAAAAGCGACGCCGCUGAAGAAGAGUCGGACUCCAAGGCCAGCGAGGAUGAAGUUCAAUUGCUCAGAUUGCGCACAAAACACCAAGAAAUCAUCAUCUUCCCUGAUCCUAAUUACAUUUGCUGUGUAGUUCAAAGAGCAGGCAAAGCGGGUAAUACGGUCGACAACAGACGAUGACUCCAUUUUGUGUACCGUCUUGGACCAGCCCAAGCACGUCCAGAUAUUGUCUAAUCCUCCGCGGAGUCAUGGGCAAAUUGCCGAACGUCAAGACAGCUGUGGAAUCCUCAAGUCGCUACUGAGUAGCUCUAUCAUGCCGGGAUGUGAUAAGGCAAGACAUGUUGCUUCAAAUAUCGCCGACUGCAAACACGAAUCAAUAUCAUGUCGGGGAUCAUUGAACCCCGUUAAUAUGGAUUGGCCACAGAAAGCAGACGCACUCUGGCUCGCUGGCCACUCGCGGUCCCUUACGAAGUACAUCCCCCACCCUUUAUCUUUCCGGGCACCAUGGGGGAAGACAAUGGGUUGCUAUCGCGGGGCUCAAUGCUUAUCAAAAGCGAGCAUGAUGCUCUGGCUUCUCUUAUCACAGCCUAUCGAACCUGAAGAGACUUUGAAUUGCUGUCACUGUGGUAUCAGCACGUUACAAACGUUUUCAUUGCCGCUGAUCUCCUUUUGCCUUAUCAUGCAGCACAAUGCGCAGCGAACAAAUACUUAAAGGGCCACGGAGCCCCUACAUAGAAUGCAAC